GACAACAAGUAAACGUCAAGACUGUCAAGAAUUGUCAAAUCAAUAUGGCCACCUGUCUUGUUUUUGUCCAAUUCCAAUUUUAAAAUGCAAAUUAUAUUCAAUAAAAAGUGGAAACAAUAUUAAAACCGUCGAAUCAGCAGCCAUCGUCUAACCAUUCCUCAGUAACCUUUGAAGUUUCAACCGAAAAGUCUACGUAGGAACCAUACAUAUGUAGUUAAUUUUAUGUCUGUUCCAACUCAUAACUAUUAAACAGAUGUCUAACAUAAUACCUCCACUCUUGAGUAAUUCUCCGCCACCGUCCCCGUCUCCAGAGGAAGACGAAGAUGAUGAAUUCGGAGAUUUCACAGUAGCCAACGAUCUAUCUUACGGCUGUGAUAGUUUCUCACCGUUACCAUCUCCAGACCUUUCGCCAGACCAAGGUUCCCCUUUCAGAAUCCCAAACGAAAGUGCAGAUAAGGAAAAACGCGAGAAAAGUGACCAGGAAAACGAUGUAUUAUCCAACUGUGAUUGCUCAAAUCAAAAUAAGACCUCAAAUAACGAUAAUAAGCUGCUCGGUGAUAAAAUUAGUGAAAAUGACGUGAAAGUUAUCGACUUUGAUAGUCUGAGUUUUUCCAAUUGUGACGAAAAACUUUCUUUUUGUAAUAGUCUUGAUUCGGCGGAAAACGGUCAUUUUAAACUCAACAACAAUGACGAUCCUUCGGGUAACCCUGAAUUCACAUUUGCGGACGAUAUUACGAUUCUCCGAAUCAGUGAACGGUUGAAAACUGAGGAUGUCGUGGACCCACUCGAUUCUGGAAAAGUAUUUUCAAAUUGUUCGGACCAAAUAAAUAGCACGAAUAGUUUGGAUCCGGACACAAGUAAAAACGAUACGGAAUAUCCAGAAAAGGUGAAAAAGUCCGUGUUUAAUCAAGACGAUGACCCGGGAGAAGGAAAUAUAGUAGUGAAUGAUUCAACAGAUAUAGAAGUUGAGGACAUUUUUACUGCAUCGGUUCCCAGUUCAGUUUCGGAUAGAAACAAUUCAGGUGGUAACUCAACCCAAAAUGGGGUUGUUGAAGACAGCAGUAUAAAAAAUAUUUUCCCCCAAACAUCGUUUGAACCUCAAGGUUUCAAUAAUGACAGUAAAUUAGAAAACCAAAGUUGUUUUGAUACUGGCUGUGAAAAGAGCCAGGAAACAAAUCGGAAAUUCGAAACUGAUUCAACAGAAGAAGAAUUUGGUGAGUUUAGCGAUUUUUCUAGCGGACUCGAAAACCUCGAGCAAAAUCCUGUUUCAACACUUGAAACUUGUGAUACACCCCAAAUCGGAGAAUUAAACGAAAAAUUAUCUGACUUUUUCGUUCGCAACACUACAUCACUUGCAGAAAGUUCCCCUAGUCAAAAACCUGUUCAGGAGAGUCGACCACAAGAACCCCACAUCGAUAGCGACGACGACUUCGCAGAUUUCACCUCGCAUCAAGCUUUUCCGGAACCUAGUCAUAAAAUUACAACAUCCCAGGAUGACAAACAGGACGAUUUCGAAGACUUUGGCGACUUCACUUCGACCGUAUGUGAUAACGAACCCUCUACAGUCUUCCAAACCGAAGAAGAUGAAUUUCAGAGCUUCGCCGACUUCUCACAAUCCUCCAACUCAAUUAUUUCAUUACUGGAUGAAAGAGAAGCAUUCGCCAAGGCUGAGCAAGCCGUCAAAGAAAUGUUUCCAGCUAUCGGGGAUGUCGUGGAAGACUUCAGCUAUUUUGAACUGGUUGAGAACGAUUUUAUUUUUAAGCAGUUGCAGGACGUGACAGACACCCCUGCUCUGAAGUAUCAGUGGUCGAAAUCUUCAGGACAGAAGGCGCUUCUGAAAUCUCUCAACAUUGAUGCCAGGAACAUUUUGUAUGGUCCAUCUUGGAACCCUUCAAUGCCUAGAUUCGCUGCUAACUUGGGACUGCAACCGCUGGAACCCAUCAGAACAGAACAGCCUACCUCUUCAAUUCUCAAGCCAAGUCCAUCCAUCCCUCAACCUCAGAAUGUCGACAUUCCCAGUGCCCAAUUUGAUUGGAUGGGGUCCGGUCUCGUGAAUCCUCUGGAUUCUCUACCUAAAGACGCCACCACCACGAACCUUUGUGAUCCAACCAAAACCCUGGAAAUACCAGCCAAAACUUCAGAGAUUCUGUUCGAUCACCCCAAUCCCACUUCUGAAACCGUCUCCGAUAACAAACCCGAAGAUGCCGAUGACUUCGAUGAGUUCACCUCGUAUCAGAGUUCGGAGAUUCAGCAAACUCAGGACUGGACGAACAGCUUACCCCUUAGAGAAACCUACAUAUCCAACACGACGCCCGAAUCGAUCGAAGCCUGGCUGCAACCCACCAUCGUUACCCCCGAAUUGCCGAGAAAGGCUUCGGUUGUGGACGAAGAAAACUCGCCAGAGUUUGCUGAUUUUCAAACUAGUAGCUCGGAAGUUGUUGAAGUUGAGAGUAAGUCGCUUGCAGCGGAUACAAGCAAGCUGAAGUUCGAUUUCGUUUCGGGCUUCAAUGCAGGUGUCAAGACCGAGGACGUUUCAAACUUGGUGUCAGGUGUGGGGUCUAGCAGCGCAGAAGCUGGUUUUAUAGAUUUAAGUAGUUUGGGAUCUCAAAAUGAUCAAGAAGUUAUCACAGCAACUGGGUCGUCACGAGCUGAGAAUCUUCCACAGCAAGAAGAGGAAGAUGAGUUCACCGAUUUCCAGUCGUCAAAACCUCAAAUUGCCAGUGCGGUGUUUGCCCCAAUAAUGGAACCAUUGAAACCAGUGCCGGUUUACCCUCAAACCACCCCUGCUCAGAUAAACUGGCCGGAUCCGGGAAUAACCGAGGACGAGAUAAAGAAAUUCGAGGAAGUUUUCUCGCGCCCCAUGCCUGCGCAAACGGAAGAACCCAAGAAACCUCCCGUAGCGCCGAAGCAACCCUCUCUGGACGACGAAGAGUGGACAGAUUUCGUUUCGGUGAAGAAACCUUCGCCGGUUCACAAAUUGAAAGCGAACGAAAGAGAGAGGACUUCCAGUCCAGAUCUACCGCUGUCCGUGUUCAAUUUGGGGAGCAUCCAACCAGCGAAACAGCCCGUUCCUGUCAUUACCCCCCACGGCUUGGUUCAGACGAAGCUACCAGUCACCGCCUCCCCCAAAAAUCAACCGAGAAACGCGCUAAACUCCAAGGCGGCGUUCGCGCAAGCGCAACAAUUAGCGCAUGCGCAACAAGCGGCGCAUGCGCCUUCAAUUAUAAGCGACCAGUUUGUCAACCAGGCAUACAAUUUUGCUUCGUUCGCGUCCAAGAACCAAAAUAGCGUCCCUUCGAAGACUUCAAACUCUACAAAUCGUAAUUGGAGUUUCGCCAGCCAAGCAACUCAGGACGAUGACGAGUGGGGUGACUUCGUAUCCAGUCCGCUGCCUCCGCAGCAACAAAACGGGCAUGCGCCGCAGGCGAGUGGAUGGAGCACCGGUACUAAUAUCAUUACAAAUCCGCGUCAUUUAGUAUCUACUAGGGUUUCUGGCAAAGGAGUCGUUUCUGGGUUGGUGUUACCGGAACUGGAGUUUAUCGCGCCAAAAGGUAGGACCGGCACUUCGAGGAAGAAAUGACUAAAGGAUCAGGUUAUGUUGUAAUUGUAUAUAUAGCGGUGUACAGAUUGCGAAAGGUUUUCUGUGUGCUGGGUGAUCCAUGGAAAUAAUGAAAAAUCUGAUAAGAAUAAUGAGUCAUGAUGAAAAGGUGAAAAAAUUGGUACUGAAAAAGUGAUGGAAUAAACCGAUGAAUAAAUAUACUGGAUUCAAACAAUACAACGGAAUAAACGGACAAAAAAAUGCCUUCAAACUAUUCCUGUUGUUUUCCUAUCUCUUUUCAUAAAUUGAAUGUUCAUUUGCUUUAAUGUGCACAAUAAAACACGUGGUGAUA